CUGGGCCCAGCUUCCUUCAAAAUGUCUACUGUUCAUGAAAUUAUCUGCAAGCUCAGCUUGGAGGGGGAUCGCUCCAUGCCCCCAAGUGCAUAUGAGUCGGUCAAAGCAUACACCAAUUUUGAUGCUGAGUGUGAUGCUCUGAACACUGAAAUGGCCAUCAAGACCAAAGGUGUGGAUGAGGUCACCAUUGUGAACAUUUUGACCAACCGCAGCAAUGAACAGAGACAGGAUAUUGCCUUCGCCUACCAGAGAAGGACCAAAAAGGAACUUGCAUCAGCACUGAAAUCAGCCUUGUCUGGCCACCUAGAGACAGUGAUUUUGGACCUAUUAAGAACACCUGCUCAAUAUGACUCUUCUGAGCUGAAAGCCUCCUUGAAGGGACUGAGGACUGAUGAGGACUCCCUCAUUGAGAUCAUCUGCUCAAGGACCAACCAAGAGCUUCAGAAAAUUAACAGAGUCUACAAGGAAAUGUACAAGACUAAUCUGGAGAAGGACAUCGUUUCUGACACAUCCGGUGACUUCCGCAAGCUGAUGGUUGCCCUUGCAAAGGGUAGAAGAGCAGAGGAUGGCUCUGUCAUUGAUUAUGAACUGAUUGACCAAGAGGCCCGGGUUCUCUACGAUGCCGGAGUGAAGAGGAAAGGAACUGAUGUACCCAAGAGGAUCAGCAUCAUGACUGAGCGGAGUGUGUGUCAUCUCCAGAAAGUAUUUGAGUACAAGAGCUACAGCCCUUGUGACAUGUUGGAGAGCAUCAAGAAGGAGGUCAAAGGAGACCUGGAAAAUGCUUUCCUAAACCUGGUCCAGUGCAUUCAGAAUAAGCCCCUGUAUUUUGCUGACCAGAUGUACGACUCCAUGAAGGGCAAGGGGACUCGUGAUCAAGUUCUGAUAAGAAUCAUGGUCUCUCGCAGUGAAGUGGACAUGUUGAAAAUUAGGUCUGAAUUCAAGAGAAAGUAUGGCAAGUCCCUGUAUUACUACAUCCAGCAAGACACGAAGGGCGACUACCAGAAAGCGCUGCUGUACCUGUGUGGUGGGGAUGACUGAGGCCCACGACGGUUAAGCAUCCAGGAAUGGUGCUCCUUUCUUUCCAGCUAACAAUUCUAGAAA